CGGGACUGAUCCAAGGAAUGGAACGCCCAUUUCAUGUGACAUCUGAGCAGCACCUCCAGUGUUUUUUGGAAAUAUUUCAGAUGUCACUUUACAUUUAGGACAAACAAAAGCCGACAUAUUUUCAACCACACCCAAUACAGCAAUCAAAAUACCAAUGAUCGAAAUAUUCGAGUCAAAGUUGUUGAAUUCAGUAUUUUAUAGCGUCAUAAAAAUGCAGAUAGUGGCGUUCCAAUAGAUAUAUUUUAUGCUGACAACAUAUUUUCGAAAAUACCUAGGCACCAAAAGAAUUUAUUUGUAAGAACUUCUACUGUUAAACACAACUUUGUACUGAAUUGAAAUGGCAAAACUAUGUGAGGAGCCGCUGAAGGGAUGUCACGUGUGUGGAUACAGAGUAAUGAAUUAUACCCCAGAAUUUAUUCAACUACUUAAGACAGAAUUUAGUGAAUUAAAAGAUUUUAAAAUAUUUUUGAAUAAUUACAAUGAAAAUCCUGAUUUGGUUAAUGACUUGUGUGAGAAAUGUCAAAUAUCGAAAUGGCGAAAAAUAAAGCAUACAAAUUUCAAUCAAGUGAAACAACAUAACCCGACUGCAGAUACUCCGAGAAAAAGCUUUUGGUCUUACACAUUUGUUUUAAUAAUAAUAGUAUCACUGUUAGGAGGAUACCUGUCAAGUAACUUUGAUAAUUUUUUCAAGAAUUCCAACACUAACGGUCUCAGUAAAGAUAAAUUGAAGACCACAAUGAUGUCACUAAAGAAUCAUUUUCCGUCGCUGCAGCAGAGCAUGAUAAAAAAACUAGGUGGUGCUUUUAUGCGACUUCAAUCUCCGGGUGAACCAAUUGUUUUCAUGCUUUUACAUAACGACGCCAACAAACAGACUACUGACUGCUUAGCAUCCUAUGCAAGCAUUUCAGCCAAACAAUAUAUAUUCACCAACUCCGCCCAUGGCUUGUGGAUGAAUGGGUCGGAGUGGACUAGUUAUUCGGACCGCAAUCACGAAGACUUGUUCUACGAAAAGCUGAAUGCACCGCUCGAGAAGAACGAAGUGCUGGUGUUGGAAAACUUGCAAGACUUGCCGUGGUCGUUGGCCAAGGCGCUGCACCACCUGUGUGACUCAGAAAAUCCGAAGUACGCAAAGGCCAUGUACAUUCUGGAACUCAGGGUAAAUGGUGACCUGCAACAGCUGUCCGACGGCGACAAAAUAGUAGCAGCCGAGCGGACUAUGAACAUGGCGUGGCAAGAUGCGCCGAACGAGUUCAGAGAGCCACUGAUCGCCCGGCUCACGUCAUUCGUGGACGCCGUGCAGUGGGAAUCGGACAAGGCAUGUCAUGCAGAAUCUUUCAUCAGGAUUUCGCCAUGAAUAUCUUCUCACUCUAAUGCUGCCUCCAUAUUAUAAUCAGCUGACAAUUGAUUCACUUGUUCACUGUGCGCUCAUAUAAUGAUAAUAUUAUUAAAUUUGAAUCGUGAUUUUUGUAUCACCAUUUUUCUACCUACGCGCAUCCACUGGGAUGUAGUUUUUUAUACUCUAUUAUCAAUUAUAUUUAUAAUUGUAGUACAUAUCUAUAAAAUUAAUGGUAUAUAUUAUUAUUAUAUAUAUCACCUAUACCUAAUGAUAUAUUAUAUUUUGUGUUAUUAAUAAAUACAAUAAUUCAAUAGAAUUUACAA